AUGAAACUCCCCCUCAUAGACCUCCUCCUCCCACCCUCCCUCACCUCCCACUCCGCCCCGACCGCCCGCUCCGCCCCAUCCUACUGGACCUGCACCGCCUCCACGACAACCACCCUCCCGGGGCCAGGCCUGCCCGCCCUCGCCGCCAUCACCGACGUCUUCACCGCCCUCUACGGCCCCGAGCCCAUCACGCUGCGCGCCGAGCAGGCCCGCGUGGCGACAUGCAACGGCCUGCUCUUCGGCCUCUGGAACGGGCACCCGUACACCGUCACCGAGCCGGCGGGUCUGCGGGCGGAGGUUGCGAGGCGGGAUCCGGGGGCCGGCGGAGAAUGUCUUGGGUACGCGGAUCAGGAGACGGGGGUGGAUGAUGAUUUGAGGCUGAGUUACAUGUUUGGGUUCGCGGAGGACUCGUGGGUUAGUGGCGGGCUGACGGAGAUUCGACGGUGUGAGGAUUAUGAGUAG